UUUUUCUUGAAUAACAUUAUACAAAAUAUAUGGGAAAUUAAAUAAAAGUUCGCGAAAUAAGUCUACUCUAGUACUACAAUGUUCAGUGACCACUGAAACGUACUCGGUUCGCUUGUAAGGAAGUGAUUCGUGUUUUGUAAAUUAUAUUACAUGAUUAUUAAAAAUAGUUUGUUUUAUUAUGCGACAGAUCGAUUUAUAACGAACGAGUUAUUUGCAGUUAAUACAAGUUCAAUUUAGUACUUUGAAAAUUAACAAUAAUUAGCAUUUGAAGGCAAUAUGCAUUCCCCUUCGUCCAACAGAACACCAAAUGAUAUCGAGACUGAUAUGCCAUAUCAACAACAAAUGGUUUGUAACAAUCGUCGCAAGCUAUCUCUUAAUUACUCAAAUCAACUUCUGAGUACACCUGUAGAAGUGAUUGAUUGUAAUAAUACGACACCAAAUACAAAUGGACGAUAUAGCCCCCAUACCUCUGAUUUACUUUUACGCCAAUCAACAAAACAUUCAAUUGAACGUUACGAUGAUGCUUUAAACUGUUGCCUUCCUCCACCAUCUCCUGCACCCAACAACGAUCACUAUAUGACAAAUUUAGCAACUCUUUCAACAGUUCCAGAAUCAUCGAAGCCCAAUAUAAAGGCUCCAAGUAACAACAGUGGUAUUGAUAGUCAACAAAUUUUCCCGUCGCAGUCUCAGUAUGAUUCCGAACCGCCUGAAAAUGUUCAAGUUGCAGAUAUUUUAACGCAAAAACAACACGAGUUACAACAAAAAUAUGUUGGACAAAAGACAUUGCCUUCUAGCAACAUUUGUCCUUCUAUGUGCUAUAACUCAUCAAAUAUAAAAGUUAUGAACUCAUCAUAUUCGCAAAAAUACAACAACGUAAAUACUCAACGCUCAGAUUCGCCAAGUGCUCGUUAUCGAAUUCCUGAAAAUUUUCGGGAACCCGGUGCUAUUGUGAACACCUCAGACAAUUGCAGUGAUAGCAAAAUUCAAAAUAAUUAUGCUGUGACGACCUCGGCUGUAACACCGUUAGCAAGAUUUGCUUCAACAACAUAUUUUAUUUCACAAAAUACAACGCCGCUUCAAACAAAUGACUCAUACACAUAUUUAUCUUCCACUGUACAUACUCCAGUAAAACGAUAUAUUCCUACACCACCACCUAAUGAAAUCGUGUCAAUCACUCCAACAUUGAUGUCAGUUUCGAUGCCAGUUUCGAUGCCAGUUUCGUUACCCGUACCCAUGCCAAUGCCCAUCAUAAACGGUCAUUCAAAAUGUAUUAGCAAUUCAUCUAGUCUAUAUACAACACCACAUCAUCACAGCAACUUGCCUUAUAGGGUUCGGAUAAAAUGCUGUCCAAGCGAAGAACAAUUUUCUCAACUUCAACAGCAACAGCAGAUAAUGCCUGCAAAUAUUAAUGUAUAUGAACGAGAACAUCGUUCCUUGUGUAUUGCAGAUGGAUGUGCUACGUCUCCACGUAUGCAUCCCACUUCAUACAUGACUAAAUGUACUGUUGCAUCUACUGCUUCAACAACACUAUCAUCAUGUAAAGGAAAUAUAGCAAUUAAUGAACAAUUGCAGUUACCCACAUCUAAUGCAGCUACAUCAACAACGGAAGUGUUAAGUACUCAAAACGCUAUUAAUUUUUCGUCUGUAAAUGCUAUAGAAUCAAGUAACCUAAAUACUACUAAUAAUAGUAGCAUGUGUUCACAUUGCAGCACUGUACGCCGUACAACUGGUGUACAUCAAACAACACAAACAACGGGGCCAAUAAGCCCAAUUCCUUUGCAACAAAUAUCUUCUACUUAUAAUGGAACUAGUAAUUUUCCUGGGCCUAUAUGUUCAACUGCGAAUACCUUGGUAUACUCUGCUGAAGAAACAAAAUUAUCCCCUCUUUCUUCACAGUCAAUUAGUGUACAACCAACCCUUUUGCAGAUUAACAUUACACCAACUGAACAACAAAAUGAAGUGCAACAGAAACAUAAAACUAAGCAAGCACAGUUUCAACAAAUGUAUGGACAAUCGAAAACGCAAAAUCCACAUAUACAAUGUUUACCUACACAACAGCAACGGUAUUCACGAAAAAAGCGUUUAAAUAUUUAUUUUCGAAAACAGAUUGCAACAUUUUUUGGAGUUGACGUUAGCACAGAAGCGGAGGAGUAUGAAGUCUGGCAAUCACGACACCGUCGACUUGCAAUACGUCGUUUUGGAAAUUUAAAAUUUAAAAACAAACCAAUCCAAAACAAUACUUUUAAUUCAUGCAAUCUUCAAAUUAGUAGUCACACUCACCGUAUAAAUGGCCAGAACUGCAAUUAUUCAUCAGACCGUCCUGAUGUUUUACCCGCUCAUACAGCUGAUGAUGACGAUAAACAAUCCAUUAAUUGUUAUAAUAUAAUUAAUUUAAAUAAAACGGCCUAUCAAUAUUCAAACGUUCAGUUUCAAUUUGCAGAAAAUGUGCAACGUAAACCGUCUGUAGUUGCAAUGAUGCUUUGUAGCGUUAAAUAUAUUAUGGACACUAUCAAUAGACAUCAACCACGAAUAUAUCAUCAAUGGUCUCGAAGUUUUGCUCCACCACAUGUAAAUCAGCUACAACUAUCUGAAGAUUUUAACGAUUUACGCCUGAAUUUGUCCUUACUUCAAGAAAAUGAAGUAUUUUUUGAUGCACCAAACGCAGAUCAAAAUGCAACAUCAUCAGCUUCAAUGACAACUCAAUCUAUAAAUAAUACAAUAUCGCCAAACAAUGGCACUACUUCAAACAAUCGAUCUAAUAAUGUGCCGGUAAUCAAAACAUUUGAAAUACAAGAACGCCAAAUGUAUGUUAGUGAACGUGUACAUGGCUGGAGAACAACGGGUUUAAUCGGCGGCAGUACACAGUUGCAAACUGACCCAUUUGAAACAAAUACGCAUCAAUCUUCCACUGGAAACGCGAGUAAUCAUCAAACAUUUAGCCAUAUGCCAAGUCAACAACUACAGCAAGAUAGCAGCAAUAUUCGUGGACAUCGCAUUAUUCCUCAGCUACUAGAUGGCGUGCUAGAAAAUUCACGUAGAACUUUGCCAGUCAGAAUUAAGUUAUAUUCCCUCAAUGAUUUAGAUGAUAGAACAGAUCAUCGUCCUUUUUUCACAUAUUGGAUAAAUACUGUCCAAACGCUUAUAUUGUUUUUAUCACUUAUAUGUUACGGUAUUGGCCCGAUAGGUGUUGGGAUAGAGCAAAAAACUGGACAAGUUUUAGUAACUAGCCUUAGUCUGCAAACAGUUCAGCACACAGAACAGCGCAAUUUUUGGAUUGGUCCACGAAAUAAUGAUUUAGUUCACAUGGGUGCAAAAUUUGCAACGUGUAUGCGCAAGGAUAUAAAAAUAAUGGAUGUGCUUUCGAAAACGCGACGUCAAGAACGUGAAACAGCAUGUUGCAUCCGUAAUGAUGAUUCAGGCUGCGUACAAAGCUCGCAAGCUGAUUGUUCCAUUCGGGGAUUGUAUCCAACGAAAUCAAUGUCCACUUGGAAAAAGUGGUCACCUGGAGAAUCCGGACCAGGUGGUCGUAUUUCUGGUUCAGUUUGCGGUUUGGAUCCAAAAUUCUGCGAUGCACCUGCCUCAAUUGCUCCUUACGAAUGGCCCGAUGAUAUAACAAAAUGGCCAAUUUGUCGUAAAACAAAUUCAUUUCCUCAACGGUUCCGAUACAAGGAUCAUACCGCAGAGCAUAUGGUUUGCGAAGUUAUUGGUCACCCAUGUUGCACUGGUGUAUAUGGAGAAUGUCGGAUUACAACGCGCGAAUAUUGUGACUUUGUGAAUGGUUACUUCCAUGAAGAGGCUUCCCUAUGUUCACAGAUAUCUUGUUUAAACAAUGUAUGUGGAAUGUUUCCUUUUUUAACCAUUGAAGUUCCGGACCAGUUUUAUCGUUUAUUCACGUCACUAUAUUUACAUGCUGGAAUUUUGCACUUGGCCAUAACAAUUGUAUUUCAGCAUAUAUUUCUUGCAGAUCUCGAACAUGUCAUUGGACCAAUUAGAACAGCAAUUGUUUACAUUGGAUCUGGUUUUGCUGGUAAUUUAACAAGCGCUGUGCUUGUGCCAUAUAAAACAGAGGUUGGACCUUUAGCAUCUAUAUCUGGUGUAGUGGCAUCUUUAAUUGUUCUCUUGAUAUUAAUAUGGAAACAAUUACGUAAACCCCAUAUCGCACUUUUAAAAUUAAUUUUUUUUGGUUCUUUGUUGUUUUGCAUCGGAACCUUACCUUGGCAACUAAAUUUUACCGCUUUGCUGGCUGGUAUAUUUUGUGGAGUCUUUUUAACCAUCGCCCUUGUCCCGUUUGUCAGUUUUACAAAAUACGAAAGGAAAGCAAAGAUGAAUCUUAUAUGGACAUGCAUCCUAUCACACUUUCUGAUCUACGCAAUAAUGAUCGUAAUAUUUUAUUUGUUUCCAACGGAAUUAACGAAUUUUCAUUUUGGAGAAAGUUUGAAUUAUAAUAGUCUCGAUAUCACGAGAGACAGCACCGAUACUGUCACCAGCACUUUAUUGGGCACAAGCCACAAUUUUCGUACAUUAUCUCAACAAAAAGCCUUUGCACUUCAUCACCCAUUAAAAGAAAAUGGACCAACAAAAACAGCAUAUUUGCACCAUCAAAGCUAUAUGAAUCAAAAUAAUAUAAACAUAAACGAUUUCUUUCAAAACAAUUUUUAUAAUUAUAAUUUACCAGAUUUAACUAAUUUUAAUAAUAGCAACUUAUUUAAAAUUAAGAAGUAUUCCACUGAGAACAUUUACAAUAUGUCUUCAUCGUAUAAUUAUCAGCAAUUAAUAGAUUAUUUCAACAAAAAUGUAACUGUGAAAUGA